ACCAAACUGUCAUAAAAAUCAGUUAAUAACCGCAGACCCCGCCAGACCAGUAGCAGGGCAGUAUAUAGAAGUGGAUAUAUAUAUAUAUAUGUGUGUGUGUGUGUGUGUGUGGUGAUAUACUACCUAUCUGCUUAUGUGGAUUCGUAUAUUUUCAUUUUCAUUUGGCCAGAUCGCUUUGGGGAUCGCUUCGUUUAGUUGACAAAGUAUUGUUCACCUGCACGGUUCGAAUUACCGGAAACCGAAAGUUCUAAGCUCUUUUAACUAAAAAUUUAUAAUUGCGUUGAAUAUAAAACCAAGUACGGGAAAAGUGAUCAUUCAUUUUCGAUUAAAAUGCAAGCCUUUUCCAUAUUUUGCAUAAUUUUGCAACUUUUUGCAAACGUUCGAUCGGAAUCGGGGGAAUUCGAGAAACUCCUGGUACCCGUGACCUAUGCCAAGCCAGAGCAAAAGAGCGGUAACGAGACUGCUGGACAUUCGGUGGCCGCCCGUUCUUACUAUGAUGUGGGUCAUUCCGCUGGUCAAACUGGCUGUUCCGUUGGCACUGAGUGCACACCCCUUCACGACUGUACGGCUCUGAUAUACGAGGUGGCCAGGAGUUGUUACUACGGUGACAAGUCGCUAUAUUGCGGUGGAGCUAGCGAGGAACUGCCCUACGUCUGCUGUCCUAGUAGUCCCUUGGAGAAGAAUCAGGUCUGCGGAAAGUCCCUAGUUCAGGGACACUUUUACAAAGGAUUGGGUUCCUAUCCAUUCGUCGCACGAAUUGGUUUUAAACAUAUUAACACUGGCGCCUUUGCCUAUCCCUGUGCUGGGGCCGUAAUCGCCCGUCGAGUCAUCCUCACGGCCGCCCAUUGUGCACUGGCCAAGGCCGAUGGACACCGUUUGUCAUCUGUGCGCGUAGGUGAGUAUGAUACGAGUAGCGAUCCGGACUGUGCCAACACCGGAUUCUGUGCACCGCGCUCUGUCAACCACGCCAUCAGCCAUGUGAUCGUGCAUCCAGACUACAAACAGGGCCAAUACCACCAUGAUAUUGCUCUGCUAGUGCUCAAAACGCCGCUAAACUAUUCGGUGGCAACACAACCCAUCUGCCUGCAGAAGACACGCGCCAACCUGGUAGUGGGCAAACGGGCUACCAUCGCCGGCUGGGGCAAGAUGUCCACGUCUAGUGUACGGCAACCGGAGAUGUCGCAUCUGGACGUGCCAUUGACCAGCUGGGAUCUGUGUCUACGCAAUUAUGGUUCGACUGGCGCUUUGGAGUCGCCGAACUCCAUCGAAGGACAAUGGAUGUGCGCCGGCGGCGAGGGCAAGGACGUUUGCCAGGGAUUCGGCGGAGCACCGCUUUUCAUACAAGAGAAUGGCAUCUUUUCACAGAUUGGCAUUAUGUCCUUUGGAUCGGAUAACUGCGGUGGACUACGCAUCCCGAGUGUCUACACCUCCGUGGCCCACUUUUCCGAGUGGAUACAUGACAACACGCCGCCUGAGUAGGCCGACUAACCUAGGCUAAGCCACUAUCCUUAACUUGAAUUCUUAAAUUGUAUAAAGAAAUAUUUAAAUAAAUAAAAAACAGAA